GCUCCUGGCUCCUGGCGUGAGCCUGACCCAGCCCUGGCCAUUGCAGCCAUCUGGGGAAUGAACCAGCAGACAAGACAUCAUCCCUCUGUUUCUCCUGCUUUUUCUGUUCCUAAUAAAGCUGGAAGUUUGUAUCUUUUGUUGAAUAUUGGAAACUGAAUGUAAUGGCAGCAGAAUUUAUAAAGAGUUGCUGUAGAGGGUGCUUCUACGGCGAAACCGAAAAACACAGCUCAUCUGGAGAAAGAGACUUGAAAGCAGCAGUCUCAAACAGCCCCAGCCCCGGUGUCUGCGUCCACCCUCUGACUUGUGCUUCUGCGAAGCCUCAGCUGGGCUGCACUGAGGAUUAUCUGCUUUCCAAAUUACCAUGUGACGGCAAAGAAGUGCCCUUUGUGGUGCCAAGGUUUAAGUUAUCUUACAUUCAGCCCAGGACACAAGGAACCCUUUCACAUCUGGAAGGCCUUGAAGGUUCUGCCAGGGCAUCCUUUGACGACCGGAAGACAGCACUUUCCAAUUCACUCCAGCAUGGUGCCGCCUACGAUGUUUACAACCCCUUCUACAUGCACCAGCACGUGUCACCUGACCUCAGCCGGCGCUUCCCUCCCCAUUCAGACGCCGUGAGGCUGUACGGAUCAGUUUGUGAUUUAAGGGCCAGCAAGCUUCCUAGUCCCUCUGGGCUAAGCAAAUCUAUGUUUGAUCUUACAAGUGCUUCUCAACGAUUCAUUCAGAGAUGUGACUCAUUAUCCAGUGUACCCAGUAGUACUUCUUCAAGAAAGAAUUCUCAAGGGAGUAACAGAAGCCUGGAUACAAUUACUCUAUCAGGAGAUGAAAGAGAUUUGGGAAAAUUGAAUGUGAAAUUGUCUUAUAAUUCUUCAGUAGAGCAGAUAUGGAUCACAAUUUUACAGUGCAGAGACCUAAGUUGGCCUUCUAGUUGUGGCGAUGCUCCUACAGUGUCUGUGAAAGGAACACUAACAUUGCCCAAGCCAGUGCACUUCAAGUCUUCAGCCAAGCAAGGGGCACAUGCUAUUGAAUUUAUGGAAACUUUUGUAUUUGCUAUCAAACUCCAAAGUCUACAAACUGUGAAGCUUGUGUUUAGGAUUCAGACUCAGACUCCCAGGAAGAAAACCAUUGGCGAAUGCUCCCUGUCACUCAGAACGCUUAGCACGCAAGAAAUGGAUUACUCGUUGGAUAUAACACCACCUUCAAAAGUUUCUGUUUGCCAUGCAGAACUUCAAGUGGGGACUUGUUUUCAAGCAGUAAAUAGCAGAAUUCAGUUACAGAUUCUUGAGGCACAGUACCUUCCCAGCUCAUCCACACCUUUAGCUUUGAGUUUUUUUGUCAAGGUGGGAAUGUUUAGCUCAGGAGAGUUAAUUUAUAAGAAGAAGACGCGCUUACUAAAAGCCUCUAAUGGAAGAGUAAAAUGGGGAGAAACUAUGAUUUUUCCACUUCUACAGAACGAAAAAGAUAUUGUUUUUCUCAUUAAGCUUUACAGUCGAAGCUCUGUAAGAAGAAAACACUUUGUGGGCCAGAUUUGGAUAAGUGAAGACAGUAAUAACACUGAAGCUGUGAACCAGUGGAAAGAGACAAUUACAAAUCCAGAAAUGGUUGUUAUCAAGUGGCACAAAUUAAAUUCCAGCUGAAGACCUCAUGGAGUGAUGUGGUGAAGAACUUGACAUGAGUUCAGUCUCUGCCAGAGGAAAAGACAUGUCAAUUCUUGU